AUGGCGGAUUUCAGUGACACGAAUUCGCACGAAAUGACAGAAAAUCAUAUUCAGAAACGGUGUAAUAACCAGUGGGUUCGAUUAAAUGUUGGUGGUACAUAUUUUUUGACAACAAAAACUACUUUAGCUAGAGACCCUAAUUCGUUUCUCUACCGAUUGUGUCAAGAAGAUUCUGACCUUAUCUCGGACAGGGAUCACACUGGAGCAUAUUUGAUAGAUCGUGAUCCAACAUAUUUUAGUCCUGUUUUAAAUUAUUUACGUCAUGGAAAAUUGGUCAUCAAUAAAGAUUUAACAGAAGAAGGAGUUUUAGAAGAAGCAGAAUUUUAUAAUAUUACAGAACUAAUUCGGCUAGUUGAAGAAAGAAUAAUAUUAAGAGAUACUAGACCAUUACGAGAUUCAAAAAAGCAUGUUUAUAGAGUAAUUCAAUGUCAUGAGGAUGAAUUAACUCAAAUGGUAUCAACUAUGUCUGAUGGGUGGAAAUUUGAGCAGUUAAUCAACAUAGGAUCUCAAUACAAUUAUGGAAAUGAUGAUCAUGCUGAAUUUCUAUGUGUGGUUAGUCGUGAAUAUGGGGCCAGUCAGCUCAGUAGCAAGGAACAAGAAUCAACAGAUCGUGUUAAGGUUCUGCAGCAGAAGGGUUCUCGCAUGUAAUCUCUAAAUCCGUCCUUUUUUUCUUGCUUCGUUUAAUUAAAUCAA